AUGCACAAUAAAGUCCACUCGGAGAGAUUAAAAUCAGCAUGGGAAGAACAAUUAGAACACCCAACAAGUUCUGAUAACAUGUUCCAGGAAAUCGGAGCGAAAAAUCAAAUAUUGCUAAUAACAACAACAAAACACUUUAUAAUCCGUCAAGAAGGAACGAUUGAAGAAGUAACGCCCGAAAAUAUAUUAUUUGGACAAGUUGAUAAACCCGUUAUACAACUACCUUCACCCAUAGAACAGCGACCAACUAAUAUAGCAGAUAAAUAUUUGAUUUCUGACUUGCGUCGAAAAUCAAUGAAAACGAUCUGGGAAUCUUUAACAGACGAAAAAGUUAUUCAAGUUUUUUUCACUUCAGGAAUAAACUAG